UGCCUCACCAGCAUAUAAAGAGCCGCCAUAAUGGAGACUGCCUUCCGUAAAAUCGACAUUGACGCAUAUGACGAGGAUGUGUUACUGGAAGAGGAGCUGUACGACGCUGACCCUCGCGACCCGGCGCAGGUCCUGGCUGAUACGAGAGCCAAGGCAGCCACUGUAAGGAGCGCACUUGCAAGAGGUGAUGUAGCUGGUGCACUGAACAUUGUCCUGGAAGGUGCACCGUACGGGCCAAACGUCGAGGAGGCGAAGAACACAAACCUGCAAACCUUACUCUCCAUCCUUGGUAGCACAAAAGCAACUGAAAUCCCAGGGAUCCUCAAAUCUCUCCCGCAAGAUUCACAAGAUACGCUGAUGAAGUACCUCUAUAAGGGUAUGGCGAUGCCCGGAUGGGGAGACGUGAGCGGGAGCGUGUUGUUGGGGUGGCAUGAGAAGUUGACAGAGAUUGCUGGUGCAGGGUGUAUUGUGCGUGUUAUGACGGACAGGAGGACGGUAUGAGUUAAUGCGGUACGAUACGGAGUGAUACGACUCGAUUUCGCUUCGCUUCGAUUGAGGACUUCCUUCGGAAGACGAACAGAGGAACUAUUGAACUGUACGAAUGGAUGAACUAAUAGGUGGCUUUGAAAAUCGAGAUACAUAUAGAUUUGAUUUACGUCCUAGUCUGAUUUCACGUUUUCAAGAAGUUUGGAUUAUUCCUGCCUACAAAGCAAUUGGAAUUGCUUCGACCCUGAUCCUAACUAUGACGCUCUGUACUCUUAACGCCGAAAUGGAAUGCCUGAUCUACUCUAAGCGCGCACUAUACACGAGUAUCAAAUCUCCACCAGAGUACAGAUGACGUUGUAAAGUACUACAUUAGUGAAUGC